GCGGGUUCCUUUUCAUCAUGGAGGUUGCGCAGGCCGCCAUAUUGGAUUUUCCCACUGGAGAUGAAAGAUUUAGGAGGGUUCCCCCAAUCCUUCUGGGCAGCUUGGUGGAAGAGCCCAAAGUUAAGACUGUACCCAACCACCUUGCGGAAUCCAAGACGUACGCAAAGCUCGGCAGGAAUGGAGUCGUGGAGGCCAGUCCCGGAAUCCUGCAUUUCGGUGGCUAUGAAAUCAGAAAGCGGUAUCAACAGAUCCUGAAACUGAUUAACAUAUCAAAGGAUGCAAAGAAUGUUCAUAUCAUUCCGCCGCAGACUAAACACUUCGCUAUAACCUACAAUAAAACCCACAAGUUGCUUCCUGGCUUGGCUUUUCCGGUGAACGUCAGCUUCGUCCCCGAUGAAUGGCGGUAUUACUAUGACUGCGUCCGCAUCCACUGUGAGGGUGACGAGACGCUGCUGGUUCCGCUGCAUGGCUACCCUGUCACGAACCAGCUGCAUUUUCCAUCACACAUCGACUUAGCAGAUGUUGCCCUCGGAGAAAGCAAACAGCACGUUAUCGCCCUCCGCUGCAGCUGCCCGAUUGAGUUUGAGUACCGCAUCACGUGCGCGCAGGCUCAGCAGGCAUUCUCUGUCUCACCUACUACAGGAAUAAUCCCAGCCAAUGGUCUGACGGAGGUGACCGUGACGUUUACCCCGCAGGAUUAUGGGACGGCUCAGAUGCAGAUGGAGUUACUGGUUUCCGAGUUUAAUGCGAAACCUCACACAUGCGUAUUUACGGGCACCUGUACCCCGCGUGUGGCCGGCAUUAAAGAAAAUGUUGGAGGAACUUCAGUUAUUUCCAGGAUAAGACGGCAAAUCCCAGAGAAAGCCGCUCUGAACAUCUCCAGGAAGAAGCGGCUCCUACGGACUCUGCAGCAGAACGCAUCCCGGGUCAUUGAAUAUCAAAACCUGAGAUUCCCCCGGAAUUUGUCGAACCCGUACUCCGUGGCCUCCGUCUUAAAUCAGCAGCCCGGGAAACUGAAUGCCAAAGACGUGCGUGAAGGUCUCGCCGAUCCACUCCAUGCGGGCAGAACGAGGCAGGCAAAGGAGACCUUAUUUGAGCAAAUGGUCCAACGCAAUGUGUCGGAGGAAGAGGCCAACCAGCUGCGGUGGCAGGUCCACCUUGGCAGCGACCCGAUUUCUCCAAAACUGCGUCAGAAGAUAAUCAAAGAUCGAAGGAGGGCAGAGGAAGCCUACGGGGUAAAGGUCGGCCGCCUGGGUCUCGAGUGUAAACUGGAGCCUCGUGGGGUUUCUGCCCAUCGGGUCCUGCGGUCGGUGGAACAGCGUCCAGCUUUUCAGCCACAGUUUGAUCUGUAUGUGAACAGUCUGUGGGCCGACAGACACCGGGCCCUGAAACGCUUCCAGCAGGCCGCCCGCAAGGUUGUCUUACAUCGUCGGAUAAACCGCAGAUUAAUUUUACUGAAGAAUCUGGUCCAACGCAUGAAAGCUGAGAAAGACGGAAAGAAUUCGCUUGAGAAUAUUGAGGAGGACGCGCAGGACCUUGUGUCUGCCGAGCGCGUCUCGGGCUCCGAGUUCCCGCACUCCGCUGCGCGGUGGGACGGAUCGUCUCAGGUCGGUGUCACGAGAGUCCCCCCUAAACCUGCCGACGUUCCGUUAAAACAAGAGCUACCGUUCUAUGAUUUAAAGGUCCCGCAGCGGUACGAGAUGAUGGGGUACGAGGCGGUCAGCGCGCAUGAGGCGGGUUCCUCCUACAAACCUCCAGCUUUGGCCAGAGCGCUGCGGACGGGCGCAGAGGAGGAACUUACGCUGGCGGCUGUGGCCCCCGUGGCCCAAGUACUGUCUGACGCCCCUCAAUCAGAGCUGACGGAGAACCGGCCCAAGAAGGAGGGAGAGCAGCCCAGGAGCCUGACUCUGGCCCCCCCGAGGCGGCUGUUGGACCCCCCAGAUUACCCUCCAAUUCACGUGUUUAAUCCGGCUCCCGGGCUGCUGGCUUUAAAACGGCCUCUUUCCUAUUCAGAGGUUGACACAGAGGAUCACUUUUGCCCCCUGCCUAAAUACCCCACACAGAGGAGGUCUCUAGGCGGAGAGGAGGUUAUUCGGGGGUUAAUGACCUGGAGGAAGUUCCCCGCCAUCACCGUGCCUGCAGCUUCAGCCGUCGGCGGCCCCGGCAGACCACGCUGGUGCGAUCCCUUUAACCUGGAUCUGCUCCCAGUGGACGCUCCGCCAGCCCUCAGUGGCAUCCUGGAGAAAGACAAGGAACACAUUGUGAUGAAGGAGGAUGAAGACGUCCGGCUCACCCCUGACAUGCUGAGGGCCGAAUUCCCACAGAUACCGACUGCUCCCGGGGACCCCAACAUGGACAGCGAUGACCCGGAGAACGCGGUCCAGACGCCGCCGAGCGGCAGACUUCAGGAUAAAAUCAGCCGGUGCCUGAGACAGCUGGCGAUGCUUGCGCGCAACACCGACCUCAUAAUGGACUGAACGGGAAGGGUUAAUCCUGGGGCAAAAUCCCCAGAUGAACGCGGUGACGGGGCAUUAAUCUGAUUCACUGACGCCCCGUGC